AUGGCUUCACCGGAGGAAGACCGUCCCGCAACGAUGGGAGAGAACACAGACACAGACAACAAUACCCCGCAGCCUGCCGUCCCACGCUGGAAACGGUUCUUUGGGGGAAAGCCCAAACAAGAAACCGACUCUAGCGAGAAUCAAACAUACCGUGCAAGAGCGACACUGGGAAUCCUCAGUGACAAACAGACCGAUGAAGUCCCUGGAACGGUGCUUCUGCUGUCAUCGAAUCGAAAUGAGCCCCUGGGAAUGAGCCAUCAACCCCAUCGGACAUCGACAUCAUCUUUCUCCUCGUCCUAUCGUCCAUCACGAUCAAACUCUCGGACUCGGGUGCCAGUGCAGAAGAGGACAGCAGAUGGUCAAUUCGUGCUUGAUCCUCAACCAGAUGAUUCAGUGAAUGAUCCUUUGAAUUGGCCUGUAUGGCAGAGAGAUGCUGCUCUCCUUUCAUUGGGAUUUUAUUGCCUCAUGGGAGGAGGCAUGACCCCCAUUCUAGCAGCUGGAUUCACCGAUGUUUCCAACACCUACAAUGUCAGCACACAGCAAGUUGCCUUCACCACUGGGUUCUAUAUGCUCGGUCUGGGUCUUGGAUCUUGCGUCAUGUCGCCAACGGCGAUUCUCUAUGGCAAACGUCCAGUUUACCUCCUGGGAGCUUUGUUGUUCGUGAUAUCAGCAAUAUGGUGUGCUGCGUCGCCGAACUACCCCAGUCUUGUUGUCGCUCGCAUUUUCCAGGGAUUCGCCGUUAGCCCGGUCGAAUGUCUUCCCUCUGCCACUAUCGCCGAAAUCUACUUCCUCCAUGAAAGAGCAUACCGGGUUGGCAUAUACACUCUUCUGUUACUCGGUGGAAAGAACCUCAUUCCUUUAGUGAGUGCCGCCAUCAUCCAAGGCCUGAGCUGGCGGUGGGUGUUUUGGAUCGUAGCAAUCAUUGUGGGAGCAUGUUUCGUGUUGCUCUUCUUCUUUGUCCCAGAAACCUUCUGGGACCGCACUCCUAGGCCCCGUGUACACAAACCCAAACGUCCACGUCUCCCUGGCCGCAGUGUCUCUGAUAUUGUAUCUCAUGGUUUCCGCGGGCGGCACCCUCAUGUCCAAGUCCCUGACGAGCCCAACCACCAAGACCCAGAAUCGACUUUGUCUCCAAAACGCUCCAAGCAUGCACAUGUUGGGUUUGUGGAUGAUGAAGCCGAAAACGGGACGUCAGCGGCGAAUCCCGAAAAGCCGAUUUCUGAGGCAGAAAUCGGGAAUGCCGACGAUGACCGAAUCGUUUCUCAGCCUCUUACUCCAAUCAACGAGAAAGACAAUGGCAUGCUCCAGCCUCCACCUCAGGCUUUUGUAUCACCUGCGCAUCAUGAUGAUCUGGAAGCAUCUCGCUCGGUCGCUGUGUCACCAGCUCGAACCGAAUCACAGGAGCCUAGCGGGACGCCGCUGGCCGCCACGCUGCAAUACACGAACCGGCUCCGUGAGCGCCCAAAGAUCCCAUACUCUCAACUGCUGGGAGUAUGGAAUGGAAGAAUCGCACAAGACAGUUGGUACCGUGUUGCAGCGCGGCCCUUUGUACUAUUCGCUUACCCAUCUGUGCUCUGGUCGACAGUGGUCUAUGCCCUCUCGGUCGGCUGGUUGAUCGUGCUCUCGGAAUCUGUUGCGCAUAUCUUCGAGGGCAAGUCGCACUACCACUUCACCGCUCUUCAGACUGGUCUCAUCUACAUAUCGCCAUUUGUUGGCGGUCUGCUGGGAACCGCAGUAGCUGGCAAAGUUUCUGAUGUCAUCGCGCAAUAUCUCACGAAACGAAAUGGUGGGAUUUACGAGCCUGAAUUCCGUCUCGUCAUGGCAAUCCCCAUUGCCUUGUCUACUGUCAUUGGUUUGAUGGCUUUCGGUUGGAGUGCGGAACUCGGAGAUCAUUGGAUCGUACCCACUGUCUUCUUUGGUAUGAUCUCAUUCGGCUGCUGCUUGGGCAGCACGACCGCGAUCACAUUCUGUGUGGACAGCUAUCGUCAAUAUGCUGGAGAAGCACUGGUUACUCUGAAUUUCAGCAAGAAUGUUCUCCACGGUUUGAUAUUUUCACUAUUCAUCGUGGAUUGGCUCGACGCUGAUGGUUCCAAGACCGUCUUCCUUGCUAUCGGUGGCAUUCAGCUAUUUUUCAUGCUCAUGACGAUUCCCAUGUACAUUUAUGGCAAACGAGCUCGGAUGUGGACCGUCCGCAAGCAGCUGAUGGAACGACUUUGA